AUGACAGGAUGGACCUUUGCCAUUCUUGGCCUUUUUUGUCCAUGUGUGUGGUUGGCGACUGAAUGGUACCCUAAAAGUCUGCAAUGUGACGUCAUCAAAAUCAGCAACGACACUGAGGUCAAAGUGGACUGCUCCAGCAGAGGCUUAACCCAGAUUCCUCUCGGAAUUCCUUCCAACACCACAAACCUGACUCUAACCAUCAACCACAUUCCUCACAUUAACAGUACCUCUUUUCAGGGUCUUGACAGCAUUAUUGAGAUUGACAUGCGAUGCAACUGUGUGCCCAUCAAGAUUGGCCCAAAGGACCAUGUCUGUAGGCACAGUGUUAAAGUCGAUAAUGGCACCUUUUGGCAUCUUAAAACUCUCAAGUCUCUUUACCUGGAUGGGAACCAACUCUCGAGCAUCCCUCAUGGACUACCUCCGAACGUUGUGCUGCUUAGCCUGGAGGUCAACAGCAUUUUUUCAAUUUUGAAGGAAAACCUCACAGAGCUCACCAGUAUUGAGUUUCUGUACCUUGGCCAGAAUUGUUACUUCAGGAACCCUUGUAACAGGUCGUAUUUUAUUGAAGAGGAUGCUUUCCUCCAGCUUGAGAAAAUAACCCUGCUGUCGCUCAAGUCAAACAAUUUGUCUUACGUGCCACGCAAACUACCAUCAAGUCUCAAGGAGCUCUACCUGUACAACAACAACAUACAGAAAGUAACUGCAAAUGAUUUUCAAAACUUAACCGAGCUGGAGAUCUUGGAUUUGAGUGGGAACUGCCCACGCUGUUAUAAUGCACCCUUUCCAUGCACUCCAUGCCCUGAUAAUGCACCCCUUCAGAUUCAGGCAACCUCCUUCCUCGAUUUGACAAAACUGAAAAUCCUGCGACUUCAUAGCAACUCUCUCACAACUGUCCAAGAAAAAUGGUUUCAGGGCUGCAAAGAUCUUCAAGUACUAGACCUCUCUAGCAAUUUUCUGGCAAAAGAGAUAACACACACUUUAUUUCCUCGCUCGCUAAGUAACCUGGAAGAACUAGAUCUCUCUUUUAAUUAUGAGCUUCAAAAGUAUCCUUCAUCCCUCAACCUGUCUGGGUCUUUCUCUUCACUGACGUCUCUGAAGAUCUUACGAAUCAGAGGAUUUGUGUUCCAGGAACUCAAACGACAAGAUAUUCAGCCCUUAACUGCACUAAAGAAGCUUGAAAUGAUUGACCUUGGUACAAACUUUAUUAAGAUCACUGACUUGAGCAUCCUUACAGAGCUAAAAAGUUUCCGUAUCAUUAACUUAUCAGACAACAAGAUUUCUUCUCCGUCAGAGACUGAGCAUGCAGCUGCACUGGCAAUGGCACGUGGCUCUGUCAAACAGGACUAUACUUCCCCAAUGUCACGAGGAGCUCAGUACCAAAGUGGAGAAGUGAGAGAGAUUCACUAUUUUAGAUAUGAUGAAUAUGCCCGCAGCUGCAAGAGUAAAGAUAAGGAACUUGGGACUUUAAGCCCUUUUAACACACAGUGUAGCUCCUUUGGGAAAACACUGGAUAUUAGCAGGAACAACAUAUUUUUUUUGCAUUCAAGAUUCCUUAACCUCGCUGAGCUCCGGUGUCUAAAUCUAUCAGGAAAUGCCAUGAGCCAGGCUCUAAACGGUACAGAAUUUUAUCAUCUCAAGAGUCUGCAGUACCUCGACUUCUCCCGCAAUCGACUCGAUCUGAUGUUCUCUACUGCGUUUCAAGAACUGACUAACCUAGUUGUUCUGGAUAUCAGUCAUAACAACCAUUACUUUGAAGCCGAGGGCUUAACUCACAUGCUAAAUUUCACCAAGAACCUAAACAAACUCACCACGUUAAUAAUGAACCACAAUCAAAUAUCCACAUCCACCAACACAGAGAUGGAGAGCUACUCGCUGGAACAUUUGGAGUUUAGGGGCAAUCGUCUUGACAUGCUGUGGAGAGAUGGGGACACAAGAUAUGUCAACUACUUCAAGAAACUAAUGGCCUUAAAGUCCCUUGACAUUUCGCACAACAACCUGAACUUUAUUCCCAUCCAGGUUUUCCAAGGUCUGCCGGAAUCCCUCACAGAGCUGAACAUUACCAACAACAAAUUAAAGUCAUUUCCUUGGAAGGGGCUUGGUUUUCUUCAUCAGCUGAAGGUCUUAGACCUUAGUGGUAACCAACUUACAACUGUGCCCGCAAUGCUGUCCAACUUUUCAAAAUCGAUUGAGACACUGGUUCUGCACAAGAAUCAAAUAUCUAGUCUAAGCCCUGGUUUUCUUCAAAGCGCAUUCAGCCUGAAAAAGCUGGAUUUGAGUUACAAUCAAAUAAAGUAUAUUGAAGAGUCAAGCUUCCCAGAAAAUGUCAUAGACAAGCUGGAGGUCCUGUAUUUAAACAACAACAGGUUUGUUUGCUCUUGCAAUGCUACGUGGUUUGUCCGUUGGCUCAACCACACAUCAGUGAACAUUCCACGGCUAGCUACUGACGUCAGUUGUACCUCACCAGCCUCUCAGCGAGGCCAAAGUGUGGUUAAUCUAAACCUUCUUGCUUGCCAGCACAACUAUUUGUCUAUAAUUCUCAGCAUUCUGAGCACCUCCAUUAUCCUGUGUGUUCUUACCUUGUCCAUCUCCAGUCAUCUCUUCCUUUGGGACGUGUGGUAUAUCUACCACUUCUGCAUGGCUAAAAUAAAAGGUUAUCGUCGCCUUCUCUCAGAGAGCACAGCCUACGACGCCUUUGUAGUGUACGACAAGACAGACAGAGCAGUGAGUGAAUGGGUUAUGCAAGAGCUGCGUGUUCAUCUGGAAGAUCAAGGAGAACGAAGGCUUCAUCUCUGCCUGGAAGAUCGUGACUGGGUUCCUGGUUGUCCCCUGAUUGAGAACCUUUCUCAAAGUAUUCAGCUCAGCAAGCGUACCAUCUUCAUCCUGACCAGUCGCUAUAUCCGGAGCGGCCACUUCAAGACCGCAUUCUACCUAGCCCACCAACGGCUCAUGGAUGAGAAGGAUGACGUAAUUAUCCUGAUUGUCCUUGAGAGGUUUUCCUCCAGUCAGUCCAAGUACUUGAGACUCCGAAAGAGGCUCUACAAAAGGUCAGUACUGGAAUGGCCAAGGAAUCCUCAAGCGCAGCAGUAUUUCUGGUUUCGGCUUAGGAGCGUUAUGGCCACUGAGAGCCAGCAGAACUAUAAUAAGCUCUUCCAGGAAACCCUUUGAGGAAACCCAGUUAGCAGCUGCAUCCACUAACAAAACCUCACCAGAUUAUUUUAAUGCUGAAACCAGUUUACAGUG